ACCACACAAACCCAAAACAUCCCAAGAUUUGAGAUGGAGUUUACAAGAGACGAAGCUUUUGAUCGCGCCCUACUCAGAGACAUUAAAGACAGGGUCUUUUAUUUCUUGAAAAAAGCAUAUGCGAUUGUGAAUGAUCCUUCAACAGAUUCAAUGAUCUUGUGGGGUCCCAACGGCAACAGUCUCAUAGUGCAUAGACCUCUUCCCCUAGAAUAUACCGAAUCCUUUCUUUUCCACUCGGGAGCUCUAAGCAUGGAGAGAUUUGUAGCUUAUGGUUUUACAAUGACUGUCUCUGGAUCACAAGUGGAAUAUGCAAAUGAUGAUUUUGUGAGAGGUCAACCCCAACGUUUAGGAAAGAUAUGCGACCCCUUUGUGGCAAGGGUGAAACAAGAUAUAGAGUUGCGGUUUAAACAAGAUACUGAUCGAAAGCGCCACUGGGAAGAGCUCCGUAGUUAUGGGAUGGUCGUUGAACUCUUCAAACAUAUAUAUUCAGUGGUAGAUGAUCCUGCAACGAACUCAUUCAUCUCGUGGGGACCCAAUGGCAAGAGUUUCAUAGUGCUGGAUCCUCAAAGAUGUGCCUGUUAUUGUUUCCCCUACAAUUUACUUGAAGAAUGUGGCUUUACAAAAACAGUGUCUGGAUCACAAGUGGAAUUUGCAAGUGAAAAUUUUGUGGCAGGCAAACCCGAGCUUAUAAAGAAGAUAAGUGAAAAGCAUAAGCCAGCGAUGAUUGCAUAAACUAAGAAAUUUAGGGAGCGUAUGGAGGCUUUUAGUCGAAAUCCUGCCAUGGAGAAGAGGACUGAUUACGUUUUGCAAGCAAGCAAGCUCUCAUGACUAAUGAAUAUUAAGUAAAA